AUGAGUGACAACAAAUCGACUUCUUCUGACUAUGAAUAUGUGAAUGAAAAUGGAAUUGAUAUUGAACUUAAAUGUGCUAUCUGUAUACAGCCAUUUUUAUUACCUACAUGGUUUAUUCGAGCCCGUACAUGUCCAACCUGUCGACAAUAUGCAAUAAGUUAUGUUAAACGAAACAAUCGGCUGGUUCAAACAUCUCCAUACGUUGCAAUCAACACUCGAAUAGUUACCAAUCAAUUGGAUCAUCUCCUGAUUCGAUGUUUACUCUGUGAUGAAACUAAUAUUCAACGGAGACAUUGGCAAAUUCAUCAGAAACGUUGCGCGAAAAGGACGGUUAUAUGUCCAGCAGCUGAUUUGAAGUGCUCAUGGGAAGGCACACGGGAAGCGUUGUUGGCCCAUUUAAGUACGUGCACAUAUUAUCAAAUGCAACCAGCUAUCAAUGAACUGAGAAAGGAAUUAACAACAGUUCAAGCGGUACAGAACGAAUUGAAAACUUCUGUUACUAUGUUGGAGAAGAAAAUCGAAUUUCUUUUGAAAUUUAUUAAUCAUGGUCAGAUCAUGAUGACUUCUUGUUCAGAAUCAGAAAACGAUUGCAAAUACAAUAUUAUAAAUGAUCUCCAUCACGUAUGGCGAUUUCUUUGUAGUAUUUGCAAUGAAUAUGUAUCACGUGAUCAAAUUCAGUUACAUGCCUGCUCUGGCAAUUGCAUUUGCCGAUCUUGUGUUUAUUCUCAGUACUCAAAUCACCGUCAAAUAAAUGAGUUAUCAAGUUGA